ACUCUCCUCUCCACAUCUCUGUCCGGGCCGGUAUAAAUAUCACUCUUCUUCUUCUUCUCCUCCGAAAAAUCUAAAACCGUUGAACUGAGAUUAAUUAGCAUGGAAGAAGUAAAGCCUCAUAUAGCUGUAGUACCAAGUCCAGGACUAGGCCACCUCAUCCCAUUCAUUGAGUUGGCCAAGCAAAUUGUUCGCCACCGUAAUUUCUGCUUCACAAUCAUCAUCUGCACAGCUGCUCCUCCAUACAAAGCCCUCAUAUCCUCUCUUGAAAAUCUCCCGGAUUCCAUAAAUCAUGUUUUGCUUCCUCCUGUUUCCUUCGAUGACUUACCCAGCGACUUAGCCAUUCAAGCUAAAAUUUCCCUUACUACGACUCGCUCUCUUUCUUUCAUCCGCAACACACUCAGGUCACUGCCUUCAACUGCUAGACUUGUGGCGUUGUUUGUUGAUUUUUUUAGCACUGAUGCCAUUGAUGUUGCCAAUGAAUUUAAUAUAUCACCAUACUUAUUUUUCACUUCAGCACAUUUCACUUUGUCGUUGUUUCUGUCCCUUCCAAAGCUUGAUAAGACGGUUACUGGUGAGUUCAGAGACAUGUCUGAACCGGUCAAAAUACCAGGUUGUAGAGUCCCAGUACAUGCAAUAGAUUUGCCUCGACCGUUUCAAGACAGAAAAAACGAUGCAUACAAAUGGAUUCUUCGCCACUCAAAACGAUUGCUUUCAGUUGAGGGUAUUCUUGUGAAUAGCUUCAUGGAAAUGGGACCAGAAGUUGUUAAUGCUUUGCAAGAGCCAGGUAAGCCAAAAGUUUAUCUGGUUGGACCUGUAAUUCGGUCCAGUUCUAGCAGCGGGAUUAGUGAUGAAUCUGAUUGUCUAAAAUGGUUAGAUGAUCAGCCAACUGAUUCCGUUUUGUUUGUUUCAUUUGGUAGCGGUGGGACUCUAUCUCACAGCCAACUGACUGAAUUAGCUUUCGGUUUAGAAAUGAGUGGGCAAAAAUUUUUAUGGGUGGUAAGGAGUCCUGAUAAUUCAUCAGCCCACGGCUCAUAUUUCAGUGGCCAAAGUAAUUUAGAACCAUUUAGAUUUCUACCAGAAGGGUUCUUGGAAAGGACUAAAGCACAGGGUCUAGUUGUUCCAUCCUGGGCGCCACAAAUUGAAGUCCUAAGCCAUCGCUCAACUGGUGGUUUCUUAUCUCACUGUGGCUGGAAUUCGACACUCGAAAGUGUGGUACAUGGGGUGCCUUUCAUUACUUGGCCUCUGUUUGCGGAACAAAGGCUAAAUGCUUUAAUGUUGUGUGACUACCUGAAAGUGGGAAUGAGACCGGAAGCUGAUGAAAACGGGCUCGUGGGAAGAGAAGAGAUUGCGAAGGUUGUGAAGAGACUAAUGCAGGGCGAAGAAGGAUUAAGAAUGCGACAGCUUAUGAACAUUCUUAAGGAUGCUGCAGUCAAGGCCUUGACUGAAGGAGGGUCUUCUACAAAGUCACAGUCUGAGUUUAUUCUCAAGUUAAAAAAAAAAAAAAACACAGAAGAAACGGUUUGAAUGAGUGAAUGAACCGUUAAUGAGUUAUUUAAAUAAAAUGGUCAAUGUUAUCAGUAAGCGUUAUUUAGUUUGGACCUCAAUAGUUGUAAAUAAAUAAAUAAUAAAUAAAAAAAAGUCGUUUUUUAGCAUAAUAAAAUGGUCAAUUGCAUUA